AUGGCGGCCUGCUACAAGAACGCCGACCUUCACCCCAAAGACUCCAGAGAGCCAGAGGUGGAAACGUCGACCCAAAAAGCUCCGGAACCGGUCCAAGAGGUGACCCCUGAGAGAGCUCCGGAACUGGUCCAGCAGGUGACCCCUGAGAGAGCUCCUGACCCGGUCCAGGAGGAGGAAACUUCAGUCUCCGCCUCUCAGGACGUGGAGUCUGAAAUCCAAGCUGCCGUUCCUCUCCCUCCGUUUGUGGACAGCGCCUUCGUUCCAGACGAUCCCAGAGAAGAUGGACACCCUUACGAGGAGGAGACCAACACCAUCGACACCACAGGAGUUUUGGUGGAAGAAGCUCCUCCAGAGGAGACCAGAGCCGGAUCGGGGCGAUACGUGACCAGUUCCAAGGUCUCCCAGGAACCAGAAGUGGAGGAAACGUCUAGAGCAGCUGCAGGAUCAGAACCAGAACGGCAGCCAGCAGAACCAGAACCAGAAGGGAGCGUUAGAGCAGCAGAGGACGGUCAGGAGGCUGAGGGAAGAGCAGAGAAACAGGCUGAGGAGAAGGAAAAAGCGAAGAAGAAGAAACCGAAACUGUUCAACAAGUUGGAUAAAAGCAUCAAGUCAGAAAUCGAUGCAGCUGAGAAGCUUCGUAAGAAGGGGAAGCUGGAAGAAGCCCUGAAGGCCUUCGACUCCCUGGUCCAGCGGUACCCGCAGAGCCCCCGCGCUCGCUACGGGAAAGCCCAGACAGAGGACGACCUGGCGGAGAAGCUGCGCAGCAACGACCUGCUGCAGAGAUCCAUCAACACGUACGGAGAGGCGGCCGACAUCCCCGACGUCACCUCAGACCUGCUGAGAGCGGCGCUGAAGAGGCGGGCCGAGAGGCAGCAGUUCCUGGGUCGGAUGAGAGGCUCGCUGGCGACGCUGCAGAAGCUCGUGGACUUUUUUCCAGACGACUUCGCCCUCAGGAACGACCUGGGCGUCGCCCACCUGUUGCUUGGCGACAACAAGGGAGCUAAGAAGGUUUACGAAGAGGUGCUGGCUGUCGCCCCUAGCAACGGGUUUGCCAAAGUCCACUAUGGCUUCAUCCUGAAGGCGGAGAACAAGAUAGCAGAAAGCAUCCCGUACCUGAGGGAAGGUCUGGAGUCCGGUGAGCCGGGAACAGAUGACGGGCGCUUUUAUUUCCACCUGGGAGACGCGCUGCAGAGGGUCGGAGACGACAGCGCGUACUACUGGUACGAACUGGGCCACAAACGAGGCCACUUUGCCUCGGUGUGGCAGAGGUCUCUGUACAACGUGGAGGGACUGAAGGCUCAGCCCUGGUGGACGCCUCAGGAGACCGGAUACACGGACCUGGUGAAGAUGCUGGAGAGGAACUGGAGGACGAUCCGGGACGAAGCUCUGGCCGUGAUGGACCGAGGCAAAGGACGGUUCCUCCCCGAGGAGGAGAACCUGAGGGAGAAAGGAGAGUGGGGCCAGUACACGCUGUGGCAGCAAGGGAAACGGGUCGGAAACGCCUGUCAGGGCGUCCCGAAGACCUGCGCCCUGAUGGACAGGUUCCCCGAAGCUACCAGCUGCAAGAGAGGACAGAUCAAGUUCUCCGUCAUGCAGCCUGGAACCCACGUCUGGCCUCACACCGGACCCACCAACUGCAGGCUGAGGAUGCACCUGGGCCUGGUCAUCCCCACACCGGGCUGCCGGAUCCGCUGCACCAACCAGACCAGGGAGUGGGAGGAAGGCAAAGUCCUCAUCUUCGACGACUCCUUCGAGCACGAGGUGUGGCAGGAGGCCGACAGCUACCGCCUGAUCUUCAUCGUGGACGUUUGGCACCCAGAGCUGACCCAGUACCAGCGGCAGACGCUGAGCCCCAUUUAGGACGGGCUGGAGCGGUUCUGUGGACGGACCGGACCGCCGGAGAAGGAGCGACGGACUCAGACGUCACACACAUGAAUGUUUGGACUCUACUACUACUGACUGGACUUAAACGCACCGUCUGGGACGUCCUGAACCGCUUUAGGACCUGUUCUGGUUCUGGUUCUGGUUCUGGUUCCCUUAACAUGAUGACGGUU